UGCUGCGCGGGCUGUGCAUGCAGAGAUAUGGUAAACCCAGACACGACUGUUUACUCAGUGCGGCGAGGAGGAAGAUAGCUGAAGUUGUGAAGAUGUCAAUUUUACCUUUCACUCCCCCCAUCGUGAAGAGACUUUUGGGGUGGAAGAAGGGAGAACAGAACGGACAAGAGGAAAAGUGGUGUGAGAAGGCGGUUAAGAGCCUUGUGAAGAAGCUGAAGAAGACGGGGCAGCUGGACGAGCUGGAGAAAGCCAUCACAACUCAUGAUGUCAACACGAAGUGUAUCACAAUACCGCGGUCUCUGGAUGGGCGCUUGCAAGUGUCCCAUCGAAAAGGUCUCCCCCACGUCAUCUACUGCCGGCUGUGGCGUUGGCCAGACUUGCAGUCACACCAUGAGCUGAGAGCUGUCGAGCUGUGUGAGUUUGCCUUUCACAUGAAGAAGGACGAGGUUUGUGUGAACCCAUACCACUAUCAGCGUGUAGAGACACCAGUUCUGCCACCAGUGCUGGUGCCUCGCCAUACAGAGAUCCCAAGUGAAUUUCCUCCUCUGGACGAUUAUAGCCACUCCAUCCCUGAAAACACAAACUUUCCUGCUGGCAUCGAGCCUCAGAGCAACUAUAUCCCAGAAACGCCACCUCCAGGUUACCUCAGUGAGGAUGGGGAGACCAGUGACCAUCAGAUGAACCAUAGCAUGGACACAGGAUCUCCAAACUUGUCACCAAACCCUGUGUCUCCAGCACACAACAACUUAGACCUGCAGCCUGUGACAUACUGUGAGCCUGCGUUCUGGUGUUCUAUAUCAUACUAUGAGCUGAACCAGCGUGUGGGUGAAAUCUUUCACGCGUCCCAGCCCUCUCUCACAGUAGACGGCUUCACUGACCCAUCCAACUCAGAGCGUUUCUGCCUGGGCCUGCUGUCCAACGUUAACCGCAAUGCUGCCGUGGAGCUCACCCGCAGACAUAUUGGCCGCGGGGUGCGUUUAUACUACAUUGGAGGUGAGGUGUUUGCUGAGUGUCUCAGUGACAGUGCCAUCUUUGUCCAGAGCCCCAACUGUAACCAGCGCUAUGGCUGGCACCCUGCCACGGUCUGCAAGAUUCCACCAGGCUGUAAUCUGAAGAUCUUCAAUAAUCAGGAGUUUGCAGCCCUUUUGGCCCAGUCAGUGAACCAGGGCUUUGAGGCUGUGUACCAGCUGACCCGUAUGUGCACCAUACGCAUGAGCUUCGUCAAAGGCUGGGGAGCGGAGUACAGGCGACAGACAGUGACUAGCACCCCCUGCUGGAUAGAGCUGCACCUGAACGGACCUCUGCAGUGGCUGGACAAAGUGCUGACCCAGAUGGGCUCCCCCACCAUCCGCUGCUCCAGCGUGUCCUAGGAAAUGCCUUCCCCCAAGAAACAACACUCGAAGUACCCAGUCCAAAACAAGAACUGGAACUGAAAAAAGGUUACAAUGGGAACCAAUGGUAAUGACCCUGAAACCCAUCAGCCAAUAGGAAUCCACAGUCUCACCUGACAACACGCACCCUCUUUCAGUAGCACUUUCAGUACCACAUUUAUCUCAAAGAGGAAGUGUGCAGUAAAAUAUACUAUUUUUGUUUAUAUUUUUUACAUAAUGCCCAUAUCAUUAUUAGGAGCAUCAUUUAUAGCUCAUGAGAUUUUGGUAUUUAGAGCCAUUUUGGUUGCUGAGCGUGUGUACAGUAUCCUUAUUUCUUGUCUUAGGCAUUGUUUUGUUGCAUACCACAAGUGUGUUAGGACACACUUGAUUAAUGUACGAACAAGUCAAGUGCUUUCUGUGUACAGUGAAAUAUUAAUGAAGUUUUAUAAAUUUCAGUUCAGAUGUCUUUAUGUUUUGGGCAUUUUUGUUUUGGUUUUAACAAAAUAAUAGAAGAAACCCCAUGUUGUAUGUAUCAUAUUUUACAUGAUAAUGUGAUUGAACAGGAGAGAUCCUCAUGAUGCAUUCUAUGUGUAAAAAAAAAAAGCCUUCUUUCUGUCUGAGAAAAACAACACCUUAUGUUUAAAUCUAUUCAACCCUGUGUUUUGCCAGGAAAGUCUUUAAUAGAUCCAACUGGACAAAGUUCAUUAAGUGAGUGAAAAACGCAGCUUAUCUAGAGCCAUAAUUGGUCAGUGCCUUGGGAUGCAAAAGUGGAAUUACCAACAUUAACCAUUAACUGUUACAUUUUACUGGAACACUUUACAGGUGACUGUACGAGCACAUUGCAUAGUAACACAUAUAGCACAGCUGUGCACGUAAGCAGAUAUUCUAAUGUAUGCAUUGUAUUGCUUAAGGAAAACUGUAUAGGGCUGAGCUGAGGUGUGGGGGGGGCGGCAAUUGUAGACGGCUGAAGGAUGAAAGGCUGUUAUUCCUCCUGUAGUAGUUUUUAAUCUGUCUGUAUGGAGCCAUGCCAAGUCUCGCUGGGUGUGUGUGUUUGUGUGCACAUUCUCUUAAGAUGUGCUUAUGGUAGCAGUUUAAUCUGUGGCCCAGCUGUCUCCGCUGUGUGUGUGUGUGUGUGUGUCUGCCUGCCCUCCCAUUGAGUUCAGAUAGGUCUGUCUGCAAGGAAGAACCCACACGUAUUCUUGUGUGGAAGGUGUGUAGCUUUGGACCUGAAAUCUGUGCUUGCAUGCUUGGCUUGUCCUCAUUUUAGUGUUACAGAGUCUUUUGGUGAAGGACGUUUAGUGAACAAGUGAAAUGGGCAUUACCUUCACCAGGUUAAAGAGCAUUCAGUUAUCAAUGCACAGUUUCUUUCAGAAUGUUUUUGUUCAAUGUCGAUUUAAUUUUCUUCUUCAUUGUGCUGGCCACUUGCAAAUGACUCUGUAUUGAUCACCAACUUCAGUACUUUGUGACAACAUUGGAAGUAAAUUGCUUUAUAUUGUAUAAAAGAAAAGAUUUAUUCCCUGCUCACAGAACGCCCUGAGCCACCCUGCUAUGUAACAUUCCACACCUGUACUUCUUGCUCUUCUUAUGCUUCCUUAGCUUUAUGUACAGUUUAUACAUAUCCUAAUUUUAAAGAGGAAUUCCACCUAUUUUUUUUAAUUGCUGAAGACGUAAACAACUUCAUUCAAAAUGUUUUGAUGUGAAAUAGUACAUUAUAGAGAAAAUGAAUACUAUUUUCUUUACAGUGAUAGGAACCAGGGGUUAUGAUAUCUACAGCACAAAUUUCUAUUGAAUUAAUAAUGAAUCUAAGAUAAAUGAUUAAAUAUAGAUAAAAAAAAGUGUUGUGCAAGAUUUCGUGCAUGUGCCUCUCAACAACAAAUGUAUUUAAAUUUAUUAACACAAAGGUUUAGGACAAAACUGAAUCACAAGACUAGUAAAAGUCAUGCACAAAUCAAAGUAUUUGUAACCAUUUUGCUUAAUAUCUUUCUGUGAGGUAGCUUUUAGAGACAUUAAAGCUGAAUUCCACUUUUUUUCAGAUUUUCUGCAUAAAUCGAGUUUUUGAGAUGUAAACAAAGUUGUUUAGAGUGGUUUGAUGUGAGAUGGUUUAUUUUAGAGAAAUUUGCUAUCACUUUGCAGUGGUGGUGAUAGGAACCAGAGUCACAGUGAAUCAUGAAUAUACAACAGCAGUAGUUUUAUGUUAAAAAAUGACCAGUGCAUCUAGAUUUUUAUGUGUAAUGUUAAUUUAAAAAAGUGUCAUAUCUGAAAAAAAUAUUCUCUGUAUUAUAUUGCAUUACGGUACCCUGAAUGUGUUUUAAAAAAUAUGUUUCUGGCUAAAACCUUAUAAACUUCCAAACAAUUGUAAAAGGCAUCAGGCAGCAUAUCGAUUACCUUUUCAAGUAACUUUCUUUGAGGUCGCUUUGAAAUUUUGACUUGGCAGUUACGUGAAAUUUUGGAAAAAAGUGGAAUUCCCCUUUAAACACUACAACCCCUUAUUCUAUCACUAACUGCAGUAAGUCAGAAAAUUUCACAUUAGACCACUUUGAAUUAUUUUCUUUACAUCUUAAUAAUUGAUGAAUGCAGACCGCAGUGGAAUUCUCCUUUAAAGUACAAUAAGAUCUCUCUGAUGCAGAGAUAAGAGCUCUGAAUGCAAGAACUAAUGACAUAAGGAAAGAUAUGCAAACGUGUAGCUACAUUUGUGUGAGAUAAAGACUUUGCAGUGAAAAUGAAGCAUCCGUUAGAUAUCUUCAAAUGUAAAUAAAUAAAAAAAUCAAACUAUAAUUUUCAACUAAAAUAGCUACAGAGAUUAGUGUUUAUGGCUUAAAUCAAUUUAAUGUGGGCAGCUUAGCUCAGUCUGAAGCCAUGAUGCUGUUUCCUCACAACUAUCUGUGAAUAUAUCUUCACACUCCCUCCCAUCCACUCCACUAAAAUCCACUGAAUGAGUGUGCCUUUGCAUGAAGUUUCACAUGUCACAUCAUGUCCAGCUCGUCUGAGGAGUACUCUUGAUUGGGAUUAACUCAAGAAUAAACAGUUUGUAAAUAUAUCGUAUAGAUUAAUGCAUGCCUAUUUUCAAAGAUUCAAAUUUCUACCCCAGAGUCUAUUUUGCUAUGAUUUUUUGUGAGAGUAGCAAGUAAUGCUGAUGUACUCAUUUAUCUUUUUUGUUUUUUGUUUUUUUGUUUGUUUGUUUUUUUGCAAAGGCUCAAUGGAGGCAAAACUGCUGGCAGACUUUUUAAAAUACAAUAGCCAUGUAUUUUUAUACUACAGACAGGUGAAGGGGAAAGGGGUUUUAAAAGGGAAAUAUUUGUAAAAACGGGCUUUUUCACAUCUUGUAUAGCACAUUCUGUUAGCAGUUGCUGUUGCAUUUGUUUGGUAGAGCAAACCUUUGCAAGCCUUCUAAUCUGAUCUCCAUUAAUAUUUGGAGUAAAACUGAAGGCAAAGCUAUGAUAGAGCUAUGAUUUUACAUAGAUCAGACAGGUUCUUCAUCUAGAUUUCAUCUAUUGAUGUUUCAGCAUAGUUCAGCAAAUUCAGUUUCAAAAAACAGACACAUUUCGCUUUUUUACUCAUUCAGUUGUUACAAGUAAACAUCAUUAUAAGGAAUUACUGUCAUUUAUGAUCAUUAGUAGGUUUCUUAUUGAGGUAUUCAUAUUGAUUAUCCUUCAGUUGACAGCUAAAAGAUACUUUUUCAUCCUUGAGAAAAGAAUCUCAUUCAAAAUUUAUCAGCAAAUUGUUGAGUUUACUUUUAGUAGUAUGCAUUAUUGUGCUUGUGUUACUUGUCGAUUGUGCUUAUUCUGUGUUGUUGCACUUAGUUGUGUUUGGUGUGCUUUAAAUCUGGUCAGCUGCUCUCAGAAGAAAACCUUGUAUCUCCAAAAUGAUAAUGUCAAAGGAAAAGCAAAUCUAUGAAACCAGAGUUAUUUUUUUUCCAAGUCAUUUUGGGCCAUUUCUUUAGGUCCAUUCAUAGUGAAACGUACACGCAAUCUAAAGGGCAACAGGCACUUUUAAAUUAUGUCAAGAACUGAAAAACGACAGUAAUGGAGAUAUGAGAUUUUGUUUUGACCGCAGCAAUAUAUAUUCUGUAUGAUUUUUCUUUGAAUCUAAAAUGUUUGUCAAAUAUAUACUACAUUGUAUUUGUUAUUAUUGUACUUUUAAUAAAAAGAUAUAUCUAAA